CGUAAAAGCGGCAACAGCGCAACAUGUUCGAAACAAACUGAAGUUUGGCAACGCUGCCGUAGCAGCAGCAGCACAGCGGCAGCAGCGACAUUUUAUAACAAACAUAAAUAAAUAAAAGAAGCAGAAAGGAAGAUGGCAACAAGAGCGAAAUGAAACGGAAAACGGAUGAACGAAAUGACGGUGGCCAAGAGUGAAAGAGCUGCUGUUGAAUGGGCACAAAUGCAUUUGCAUGAGACGGCUCCAUACCGCGUCAUACAACAUCAUACCGCCUUAAAAAUAAAACAGCAACCCAGUCGUAUACUUUCAUGCGCACUCAUUCAACGUCAGGCAAUCGAAACGAAAAUGUCGCGAGCUGGCGGUACGCCCGUAAAUUUAUACGAUGAACGUGAGGUUAUGGAGGAAUUUAUCAGCUGUUAUCGCCAUUUCACCGCCUUGUGGGACAGCACCAGCGACGAUUAUUUAUCAAAACAGAAGAAAGAGCCAGGUUAUCGAGAGCUUCUCAAUAUCCUACAACGGAUCAACGGUGAAGCUUCCAUGCAUGAUGUAAAGCGAAAGAUAAACUCAUUGCGAUGCUGUUAUCGACGUCAAAUUAAAAAGGUACAGGCCUCCCAGACUGGCUACAAGCCACGUCUUUGGUGGUAUCACCUCAUGGACUUUCUUAAUCCCGUUCUCAAUAUUCAAUCGCCGUUGCGGGUGAAAUCGGAGAGUCUGGAAGAUAGUCUCGAUGAGACCAGCAUUAAUGACGACGAAAUAUUUGCGGGAUCCUUUGAAAAGGAGGAGGAUGUACUUGGGGGCAUGGAGCCCGGAAGCGAAGGCGAGGCGGAACCUGAACAAUAUAUAGAUACCGAGGCCGAUCCAGAUCAUGAUCUUGAAUCUGAACCCAUAAUAGCCGUGCGCCAUAGGACGAAUCUCAAAGAAAAUAAUGAUUUCCAUGACUCGAGGGAAGGACAUGACCUUAAUAAAUCUUUACGCUCCACUACUACGCUACGUAACAAACGCCGUCGGAACAGCAAUGCCAGUGAUUACGACGAUAGCAGGAAUCAGCAGGGAAAGCGACAACGGGUCACGGAAGAGCUUUCUCUGGACAGAAAUCGGGAUUGGGAUCGGGAUCGGGUCAUAGAUAGGGAGAGCGAUAACGAGUGCGAACUGAUCGGUAAGCGGAUGGCCGCCCACUUCCGGAAUAUGCGAACAGAUCAAAGGCUCUUCGCCGAACGGAUUAUCAGCGAAGUACUCGUUUUUGGUCGGAUGAAUCGUCUAUCUUUUGACUCUCAGUUUAUUCCAGAUCGUAAAUAAGGUUUAAAUUUAAUUUACAAAAGAAAAGAAGUUCCAAAAGAAAUAACCUUUCUUCAGAAGCCUAGAUUUAUAAAUCUAGGCAUUUUUCAGUAAAAAAAUAAAAAAAAAACAUCUAAUGGAUUCUUCUGAGAAUUAAAUAAACGUCAAAAAAGAAUUUAAGAAUCCGAAUAAGUUUGGCUUGAUUGAUAAAAAGAAAAGAAAGAAAAAGAAAUAUCGUAAAAGCAAAAUUCAAAAAAAUAUAAGAAUCUACAUAAGGAAA